AGCGGCCCGGGUUCGAUUCCAGCCUUUGGCCCUUUGCUGCAUGUCACUCCCUCUCUCUCACUCCCCAUUUCACACUUUGCUUUCCUAUCGAUUAAAGGCAAAAAAAUGCUCCAAAAAAUUUUUAAAAAAAGACAGAGCUCUCUUUAUACAAAGCUGGUCAAAUAGCCGUGGCUAACCUUGGCCGCUUUCAGGGACAGGCUGUCUGCCAAUAGUUUCCUCAGCAUCUCUGUCAGAUCCACCCCUCGCUCCUCCACAGCACCAGCCUCUCGCCCAAAUAUGGUCACUCUUGGCUCCCAAAAAUAAAGAUGUCUGUGGCCAAAUUGCCAAACUCAAUAUUUCAAAACGGGAGUCGACAAACCAGUGGGUUUAGUUAUGGCAGCUACAUCCAAUAGUUUUACAGUCCGUGGUUAUCCUACAUAAAUAAUGCAGCAGAUAAAUCCAGUCAUUAUAUAGAGAAUACGCCAAACAAGUCCUGCUAAAAGUUAACCAGCUUAGUUUACUAGAGUAGGCUAGAAGACACAGUCUGUGGACAGCACCUAAAAACAAGUUCAUGGUAAUGAACACAGUUCCGUGGAUAUACAUUUCUGUGCCUCAAUCCGACUGACAGGUCGCCGUGAAUGCAACUUGUCAAUCACAAAUUAGCCAUGCCCUAAAGUAUAUCCUGCUCUCGUGUCUAUUUCAAUAUAAACAAGACCAUGCUAUACAAAGGGGACAUGAAAUUGUAUUGAGAAAGACUUAAAUUAGGGAGACCAUAAACUCUUUAGUUAAAUGUUUACUAAGGUAAUAAACUACAUGAAAAUUGGGGUCAUUUUCUCGUUGACUUACAUGUAAUUGGGCUUCUCUUUGCAGCCAGUGGAGUCACUCCCUUGCUGGCCAUUAGAAAAGCAGGUUUAAGGCACAUUUUAUACAGUCUAUGGAGAGCACCUUGCCUGGGUCCAGACUGGUGUUAAAUCUGACAGCCAUUUAGUCUUAGUUUUGAAAUAAAAAUGCUUAUUACAUUUAGUCACAUUUUAGUCAUUUUUAUCCUUCAUAGUUUAAGUCCACAAAAAUUCAAAACAUUUAAGUCAACGAAAAUUUAGUCAACUUUCAGUCAUUACAUUUUCUGUAGGCCUAUGUGUUUUUGAUUUUUAAACUAAUUUAGUUAGGCUUAUUCAGGCUAUAGCUACAAAUAAUUUCUACACACUUACAAACUUCCAUUCCUCCAGCAGUUUUUGACAGAUUUGAGUUGUAAUUUAUGAGCACACACUUACUGAUCAUCAUCUGAAAAGUUCAACAACUCUUUGUUUAUGGUCUCAAAAACUUUGACAUCACCAAGAACUAAUCUGAGACAACUAGGAUUGGUGCCCAGGUUAAUUGUAAACUCUGAUUUAUCCAUCUCACUGUUAAGCAGCAGAGAAAUAGCUUCUGCAACAUGUUAGUCUGGAGGUUUAAACUCAUGUUCUCUCACAGAGUUGGGGAUUAAAACUAAACUUUCAUCUAUGUCAGAGAAAACUCAGCUGACUUCAGACUGGUAACUUACAGCACAGCUACACUCACAGAUAAAUAAAAAAAUCACAUGAAUUGACAUUGAAGAGAAACAAGUCAGCACAAAUAGAUAUUAAAAUCUACGGUGCAUUCCUGAAAUCAAUGACACUAUCUGGAAAAUCCAAUCAGCUCCAUGUGUUUUAGCGCCUCCCGUCGGCCAUGUUUGUAACUACUUUAAAUGACGCUAUCAGACGGACUUCAGGACCCAGAGGAGACCCUCUGCAGCGGGGAGCUGGCAAACAUGGCGGACCGAAACAAGAAAGACGCUGAACUGAAGUUCUACAGUGAAAUAUUAAGUCCAUCUGAACUGUUCGCAGCCCGGUCCAGGAGUCACAAGAUCCCAGUCAGAGGACAGAAGGACUUCUUCCCCAAUGACUCAGACGAGCAAAGACAGCACCUUGAGCAAAGUCUAAAUGAGCACUGGAGCCUUAUAUCAGAGGAGAGAGUGGAGAGGCUAGGAAACCUAGUGAAGGCCACAUGGAUUCCAAGUGAGCAGAUUGUGGAGCUUCAGUCUCCAGCUGGAAAGUUCUGGCAGACUAUGGGCUUUUCUGCCAACGGCAAGCAGUACCUCCUCCCUGAAGAGGCUCUCUACCUGAUGGAGUGUGGAAACGUGCAGGUGUUUUACCAGGACCUGCCGCUGUCCAUCCAGGAUGGGUAUGAGAGAUUUCUGUCCUCGAGCACAGUGAGCCUCCAGCAAUAUCAGGUGUUUGGGCAUUUGAAGAGGCUUGGCUAUGUGGUGCACAGAUUUGAUCCCAGUACAGAGCCAUCAUCUUAUGCGAGGCAGUUGAACCUGCCUGUGUCACGUGAGAAAGUGGGAAAACAACUGAAGAGGAAGCGUAGUGCCAGCCCCACCCUCACCAUAACAUCCAGUCAUACUAAAUCACAAGAAGGAUCCACAACUGAAAGAAUGGAGGAGGAUAAAUGUGGCCUUCAACGUGAGGAGGAUAAAGAACUUCCUGAGUCCCACCAGAUGAUGCCUUCAGGGACUCCAGGCACCCAGACUAACACCACAGGUUCAGAAGACCAAGGCAGGGGCAGGGAUUGGUGGAUGACAGAUGUUCUUGUGGACCGAUCAGAUCACCAGCCCGCCUGUGGUAGCUCACGCUGGGACUUCAGCUCCAUCACUUUCCCUGACCUGGGCUCCAGGAAGCAGCUCUCCAGCUGCCUGGCCUCUCCAGACCCCUCUCUGCUCCCUGGGUCUUUGGCUGUGGGAGUCUGUGACAUUGCUCACUGGAGUCAAAAAAUAAAUCUGAGGGAGGUGAAGAUGUCCGCAAAGGACAAGAAGAGGGAAGGGGAUCAGCAGAGGCACCGGCGGGACAGAGAGGUUCAGCGAUGCAGAAACUGGGCGGAGUAUCGGGAGCUCAUGGCGAGGCGGCAGGGGAAGCAUAGAGGCCGACCAGCACACUUAUGGGACAGAGAAGUCACUCCUUUACAUGACCCAACACAACCAAUCCCCCAUGGGGAGCUGCUGGAUAAAAUCAGUGUGAUUAAAUCUACAAAUUUGCUGGAGGGGGCAUCCAGGUUAAAAGGCUCCGAUGACUGGAGGAUUUGUUUCAAUGUUUACCAACCGGAUUCAGUGGCUGACUUCAAGAAGAGCAACCCGGGGAAGCCGUACUCCAGGAUGUGUGUGUGCAGUUUCGAUGGCCCCGUACCUGACCUGCGAGCCAUCAAGCAGUUGGCCUUCCAGAGUGGAGACAUCCCAGUGGUCUUUGCUGUGGUGGACUAUGGAGACAUCUCCUUCUACACCUUCAAAGACUUCCAGCUGCCCACUGAUGUGUACCCCUGACACCUCACUGUUCUUCAACAAACAACACGUAUCCAGGACUUUAAAAGUAAUCUGCAUCUGUCGGGUGGCUGGACAUACAAAAAUAAAAAUAUAUAAGCAAUCGUUGAUGUUACAUAUAAAAAGAAAAAUCCUGAGAAAGUGCUUUUGUGUGUCUGGCCAGUGUUUUGCAGUUGGAGGGGAGUUUUUAGUGCCAAAGUUUCAGUCCUGAGUUGGGAUCUGUACAGUUACUACUUCAGAGCCGUGCCAAAUUCUACACAUAGUCGCUUUAAUACACUAGUGACAGAAAAGUGACCAGUGAUAAAAAAACUUUAUCAGUUUUUAUGCCUUGGUACACUCCUGACAGUGCUCUUAGGAAGAAAAUACAUUUUUCUCCAAUCAUUAAGACCAACAAACUAAGUUUACCAAACUUUUUGUUGUGUAUUUUCUGCAGCAACACCAACAACAUAGAUUAACGCCUCAUUUCCACAAUUAAAUUUAAUGUCCAUAUUUCCGUUAAGUAUAUGGAGUUUACUCCAGGUAACACAUGGAAAUGCAUCUCUUUAUGGAUGAAUAAACAGCCACUGCAGUGUCAGAUCUUGUGGAACAUGUGCAUGGAGCAGGACAGAGACAAAAAACAGAACCAAUAAUGCAUGGCGACAAAUAAGUGGGGAGAUUGGCUGCCACGUGUGUAGCUAGCUUUGUAAAAUACUUUGCUAAAAGACGUAUGAUCCACCCUGCAUGCACUCUACACUACACUGCUAGCAUGCUUCCAGUGGUAGCCAGCUAAAUAUGUUCUCGAACUGUUCCCUGAGAAAAAAAUGUAUAAAUAGAGCUGUAUUACAUUCAUCAGUUUGUUAGCAAAUUGGUUUUUAUGCUAACUUCCUGGGGCACAGAGCAUACAGUCUGCUGCAAAAGCUCAGUUUUUUUCAACAUAUUCGAGGCAAAUUCCAGACUGAAAAAAUAAUGGAAGGAGUUGUCUCGCAAACACAUCAGAGAUCAUGGAGGUUCUUUGACUCACAUACAUACACAGAGCUAUGUGGAAACAAGGCGUAAGAACUCUGUUCCCAGUGGGAAAUAAAUUGUUGCUACAACACCCAAAUAAUGGUGGUGGUGUAUAACUACUGCAUUUAUGCAAGUACUUUAAAUACCUUAUUAAAGUACUUUUACUUUAAGUAUUUCCAUUUUAGGCUACUUUAUACUUCUACUCUGCUACAUUCAUUGUUCUUUUUCCUGCAAUACAUCCAUUUGAUAACUUUGAUUAUUAAUUACUUUAGAGAUUCAGGUUAUGAAUUCAUUAAUUAAUUAAUGUAAAUCAACAAAUAAAUUAUCAUGUAUUACAGAUAACCCUGCUGUUUAAAGUAAUAAAAACGAGCUUCACCAUUACCACUGCAACAACAGAGUGAUGAAGACAUGAAUGCAUCAAUAAUUAUUAACCAAUAAUAGAAGAAAUUUGUGUCAUUGGCCAUUCUGCAUGAUGAGUACUUGUACUUUUAGUGCUUUAAGUAUAUUUUGAUGCUUACACUUUUGUAUUGCUACACCACAGUAUUGCUACUUUUACUUGAAUGGAAGAUCUGAAUACCUCCACCACCACGCCACAUAGUCACAUGAACAAGAAAAGAAACUAAUAAGAGCAUAGUAUAAUUUAUGUGAACUCAGGAAAUUAAGUAAUAUAGUGCAAAAUGUACAGCAUCAGUUUUAGUGAUAGUGUACUUAAAUUAAAGAUGCACUCCCAAAUUCAGCUACAGCACUCCAUAGCAAUACUUUCAUGUCAGUUAGGUUUCAAAGCAUCAGCAGUGAGCUGGUAGAAAAAAAUGUUGGGAUUUGAGAGCACUGUAUGGUCUUAUAAUACAACUAAAAUGGGUAACAUUAAAUUCAAGAAUUGUUGGAAUUCACAUUUUCUUAAAGGUAUUUCAGGGACAUUUUUGGGGACAGGUUCUGGGACUGGUCCUGCUUUUGUAAGAAGUUCCUUUAUUGUAAUGUAUCUAAUGUAUCUUCUGUUUAUUGCCAUCAUCUUUUCUGUUUGAGAGGUGUGAAUAGUUUGUCAAAAUAUAACACUUAAAUUAUGUUUUAUUCUAAUGUUGUUUUUCCCAGGGCUUUCAUUGACAUCUCCAUCAGCUGCUAUGCCGAUGAAUCAUUUAUCAAACUAAUUUUUUCAAGAUUAAAAGUGAAGUUUGACGCCCAAGUGAAAAUGUUACAUUUGCAAUGAGAGUUUAUUUUGCAGCUGGUGAAACAAUCUCACACAAAUGUUAGUUAUGAGCACUAAGUUUGAUAAUUAUGAUUAUGUUGGUUUUUGUCUGAAGUCAAAAUACAGACAGUGUUUUCUAUCUGACUGUUGCAAACACGAGGCUCUGGGUAUUUAACAUAUAAAAAAUGUACACUUGAGAUAUUGCUGUUCACUUCUGUCUAUGUGCAGGUACUUUUUUACAUUUUCUAAUUAAAAUCCUUAAAUCAU